ACCAUACGUAUGAGAUUGCAGGUCUCUGAAACGCUUGUAUCUCUUCGCUCUAACAUUCCUCAUGAAUUUGCUAGGAAACCACGUUCCCUCACUGAAUUGGACCGAUGGAAAGCCACUGAAUUCAGAUUGUUUGCGUAGCGUUAAUGUAGUGUAUGGAUAGUACGCCAGGCCUAAUACGGUUUUGUUUUGCAAACUAAAACAAGGAGAACGUCUUGUAGCCCCAUAGCCUUGAAGUGUGACGUCAGAUGUUCAGGCUGAACGUCUUGAUCGCUCGGCCCCUCAGCGGGGGCCGAGCAACAACGUCUUGCACCAAGACUAGAACGCUGGAGGAGAUUGGUUCAAAAGAGGGCGCUGUUAUUAAUUUGUCUGUGCAAAAGAAGCAGGUCAAUUAGAGGUCAACAGUUCUCCGUGCCAUCCAUCUGUCCAAAAUACAACUUAACAAUUUAGUUUGGCAAGAAGUAAAAAUGAAUUCUUCUCCCAUGCAGAUUGAUUGUCUUAUUCCUACAGUUCUAGUAAUCAUUGCUGUGUUGGUUGGAGCAAUUUUAUUUUACGUGAGUAAGCUUAAGAAGUCUGCUGGUGGUGGUAGAGGAGGCAGUGAUGGAGAUGUACGUCAUGUUGAGAGAGAUAUUGAUGAAGCUCAAGUCAGGGUACCUCUACCUGCUCGUCGUAGAGGAAGAGCUGCCAGGGAUAGAAUGAUCAGACAACCUGAAGAGCAAGAUGUCAUUGAGCAGCAAGAGGAGGAAUAUAAUUAUGAUACUGGUAACACAAGAAGGAUAGGAGCUAAGAAAGCAAGGAAGCUUGAAAUGAAAGAAGAAAAACGGGCACAAAGAGAGCAAGAUCUAGCGGACAGGGAAGAGAGCAAGAGACGUCAAGAGAUUAUUGAGGAACAGAGAAUAAAGGAUGCAGAAAAAGAACAACUAGCACAACAUCAAAUCGAAGAAGAAGAAAAGAAGAAGAAGGAGGAACAGGAACAAAAAGAACUUGAAGAAUAUUGUGCACUCAAGGAAAGCUUUGAGGUCCAUGAGGAAGGAUUUGAGAAAGUACUCGAUGAAUCUGAGUCUCAUAAUUUACUACAGGAAUUUAUAAGCUACAUAAAGAUGAAGAAAGUUGUACUUCUAGAGGACCUUGGUGCAGAGUUUAACAUGAAAACACAGGAUGCAAUUCAAAGGGUGCAGGAGCUUCAAGAUCAAGACUUGAUUACUGGAGUUAUUGAUGAUCGUGGAAAGUACAUUUUCAUUUCCCAGGAUGAGCUGGAGGGAGUGGCUAGAUUUAUGCGCCAGAGGGGCAGAGUGUCCAUCAGUGAACUUGCAGAAGCUAGUAAUACAUUAAUUUUAUUUAAUACGGGAACAAAAUCCACUUUAAAAGAAACACUUGUAGCAUGAGUUCAAAUUGCAGAAUUGAAUUAUUCUCAACCAACUUUUACUGAGUAGAAUAACACACUGUAUGUUUAAAACAAACUAAUGUUUCAUGGUGUUUGUAUUAAAUUUAGUGAUCAAGUUAAAGACGCUGGACACCAUUGGUAAUUGUCAAAGACUAGUCUUCACAGUUGUGUAUCUCAACAUAUACAUAGAAUAACAAACCUGUGAAGCUCAAUCGAUCGUCAAAGCAGCGAGAUAUUAAUGCAAGAAAAGACAUCCCAGUGGCACCAUGGUCACUUGAAGUUGUGUGCUUUCAGAUGCUUAAUUUCAAGACCUCAAAAGCUGUGUUCGCAGUCGCACUUGAUUAAUAUUUUUGGUAACUUAUAACCAUGACGCUGGGUAACAUUCCGACGGGUUAACUUUCCCAAUGUCCGCACUUGGAUUUAUUUCACUCGGGUAAACUUACCGAGACGACCGUGGGUAAACUAACCGAGCUGGCCCCCUGCAUAACCUUUGACCGCACUUUUUGGUUUUCGGCUCGAUCUUUCGCAAUUAUUGUUAAUCUAAACAAUUCGUUAUCAAAUUCACCGUCCGCUUUUUUUUAAAAACAAAUUCCACUUGCUAGCAUUGAGGCCAUGAGUCAUGCUCUGACACAAGGGUCCCAUUAUGCGGCUAGGAAAACCUGCUACACUAUUUUCUGCACAGUCUGGCUCUGUUGUGUUUUUAUUGCUUGUUGUAUAGGGGGUGCGGUGCAUAAGGACAUAAAGGGACCAAUACUCGGCUAGCUUUAGUACAAACAAUCUAGCGGUUGUUGACUGCAUUUCCCUAGUACUGCUGUACAAAUCGCCGUCAUAUUGAAACUUUUGAUCGCAACUUCUGAACGGGUCAAUUCUCAAACUUAUAAACCCGUGUACGGGAAAAUUAUUCCGCGUUUUUCUGCUUUAGAGUUGCAUUCCUGAUUUUUGCUACAUUGAAUAGUUCAAUAAUCAGGAACUACUAAUGACAAAACAUGUCGGCUUUUUAGGGUCAUUGACAAAUAGGAGAUUUAACCGAGGCGUUGCAUCCGCAUUGGACUCUGGCUUGGUUAAACUGACCUAGUCAAUCUUCCUGGGCACCUUUGGCUAGGUUAAACUACCCAUUCGGGUCGGGUAAGCUACCUGGGAGGAAAACUU